AAAGCACCAGCACACAUUCCUCUGCAAAUCCUCCAAGACAUCUUUUAACAAAGAAAAUAUUCUCACAUUGUUUUAGUUCAUUCAUCAACCUUCACAAAAAUGGGUAUUCGUAUGCCAAGAAUCAUUCAAGCAAAACAAAUUCUCCAACGGUCUUUGUCAAAUGGAACUCGCGCAUCAACAAUGCCUCUACCAAAAGGGUAUUUUGCAGUUUAUGUUGGGGAACAGGAAAAGAAGCGCUUUGUGAUUCCUGUAUCCUUGUUGAGCCAACCUUCAUUUCAACAGUUAUUACAUCAGGCUGAGGAAGAGUUUGGAUAUGACCAUCCAAUGGGUGGCCUCACAAUCCCCUGUAGUGAGCACACAUUUUUUGAUCUUGCAAAUCGUCUUGGCGCAUUAUGAACUCGACUUAUAGCAUUGUAGUUGUAAAAAAAGAUUUGCAAAGCACUCACUGAUCACUAACCUUUUUGCAACACGUGACAACUCUUGGUUGUCCAGGUUGUUUAGGAUUCGAAUUCAGAUUCAUUUUGAAUCCAGUUUGUAUUGUUAAACGAUGUAAGCUAGACUUCAAUGAAAAACAAAAUUCGGAAUAAUACUAUUAUGAGCAACAAAAAGCUUAAGUAAUGGUGUUAUUCUUUCUUUCA